CUGGGCUUGUGUCGCUUUUGUAUAUUGGUUAUUUGUGAUAGAAAAACAAGUCACACCUUCAAAGCCAGAUAUUUAUUAAAUUCUUUUCUGACCGGAGCUUUGAAAAGCUCGAGACAACUCUCCCAGGAAACACUUGUGUCAAUUAAAAAAAUUCUAAAGGAAAAACGCAUUUUAAAAUAACACACUACCAUUGCAGUCAGUUCAAAUUUCUUAUUCCUUCUAAACCGGAAUUUCAGCUUGAUUUGAAUUGUUUAAAAUGUUCAGCUCAUUAGGGAGCACCGCUGUCUAAACCCUGGAUAAGAUCUACAUGCAAUUGGCUGGUUGUUUUUCUGGGCUGGGUAAUGUUUCACCAUUUCACCACCGCUAGCCAUUUUGAUUCCUUUAACCUUUCUCAAACUUGUGUGUCUUUUGAAACAUCAGCUCCAAACCAUCAGAUAAUCCGAAUAUCUAAUGGGCAAAUAUAAUUAACCUUACCGAAAGUUGGCAAACCUAAGAUGUUGCACUAAUUUGACUCAGAAAGCAAUCACAGAGUUGUUGACAUUCUACGAAAUAGUAACCAAAACAUCAACUAAUUAUUCGGUAAUUUAACCAUUUAUUUCUUCCAUCGACUUAGUACUUAGAUCCAUUUGCGAGAGUAAGGUGCUUCUAAGAGUGAGUUUAUUCUUUCAGUUUCUUGAUGACUCCGGUUUAUCAACAGCACAGCUCCUCACAAACACGCUGACAUUUGCGGAACAAAGAAAAAAUACCAAUUUCGACUGAACUCACAUUCUAUCAAUCGCUCGAGCAUUUCCGAUAAAUCAAACCAAAGAAACGAAUUCACUUAUCAAGAAACAAUCCAAGGACUUACUCUUUAUUUAUUCAUAUACUGGCGUCACAUUUAGUGCCAUCUUCUGAAAGAUUUCUUAAAUUCGCUUCGAAAGUCUUCUCGCACUAGCUUAGAUUCAUUGAUUUAUGAGUUGAACACAAAAAUAAAAACGAUAAAAUUCGUGAGAUUGGUAAAUCCAGGUGCCAAUUGUAUCUCUAUUUCUUGGCAGGGAGUUUGAACAAACACCAGCUUCUGGCGAAAGUGACAACCAAUAUUAACCAAAGAGAGUUGCCAACAAACCAGAAGAAUCCAAGAUGACUAUUAAAGAAGCCUCGCACCAAAGGACCACCGAAAGUUCAUCCACAAACGAACAUCAAUUCGACACUCAAGGGCAAGCUACUUCAAAUAAUCGGUCAAUAAUGUCAACUUUCUGGGACAAAUUCAAACGAAGUUCAAAAGGAAACCAAUCCGAAGAAUACUUUCUAACUCAAGGUGCUCACGACGGUGCAAUGACUACUCAUUCAGACGCAAAGGAUCUUUGCGAGGGAUCUUUUGAAGAAAAUGCUCACAAGAAGGACAAACGGAAGAAAUCAAUUGAAAACCUCGGGGCUGAAAAUUCGUCGAUUCCUCUUUAUUCACGCGCUGGCUGGCAACUAUUCGCCAUUUGCUACUUGGUCGGGGUUCAAUCCUCACUCACAACCGGAUUUGUCAAUAGCUGUUACUCGACGCUGGAGAAGUUGUUCAAUUUCAACAGUAAAUUCACAGGCUUGAUAGAGGGAUCGUUUCACGUUGCAAUAGUCCUACUGGUUAUUCCGGUCAGUUUCUACGGUCGAAAAGGGAACAAACCUCUUAUCAUGGCUAUGGGCGCCGGUCUCAUAGCUAUCGGUGCUUUUUGCUACUCAUCAGCCGAGUUUUUCCGAGAACAGCCGUUUAGUGUUUUGAAUGUAACCCAUGUUAAAAAAUCGGGCGCAUUUCAAGAUCCUAGUGGAUGUAUUACCAAUGGUGGAGCCACGUCUUCUGAGGCGGAGAGGGAGGAGCCCGCUUGGGUCAAGUGGCUGUUCGUAACUGGGAUGUUCCUGAUUGGAGUGGGGUCGACCCCGAUUCAGACUGUUGCUAUUGCAUACCUGGAUCAGGGAUCGAAACACGACGAAAACACAGGGUGGUCUUUAGGCUGGUUCCAUGCCAUUGGUCUUCUGGCGCCUGCUCUUGGAUUUGUUCUCAGUGGAUCAUUUCUCAGCAUGCCAAUAGACUUCUCGAGCUGGGCUAUGUCGACUGAGGAUGACAGCUUCAUGGGGGCCUGGUGGAUGGGCUUCAUGUUAGAAUGUGCUCUCGCUCUCAUUCUAGUCCCAGUUCUUCUAACACUUCCCAACCGAGGCAAGACCAUGGAUGCCAGCAAAGAGCUCACCACUCCAGUUAGAUGUCAUUCAAGGAAACAGUCACAAAACAGCUUGAAACAGACGUUUGCUAAACAAGCUAGUUCAACCGACAAAACUGCAUCAGUUGUCAAAAGCGAAGUUUUGAGUGUCAAAGACAGCGCUGACAACGAACAUGCUGCCAACUUGACAUCAUUUGCUAAGGCUCCCAACAGCCCGGAUGCUUCCUCUACUGAUCCAGAGAAUUCACACGGAGGAGGUGCUUAUACUGUGAAAACUGCGCACCAGUUGCAACUAGCCGAAUUCUGGCUAUGCAUGAAGUGUCUCAUGAAAGACAAGACGUUUCUGUGCUUGCUGCUACACGGCAGUGUGCUACAUAUGACAACAGCCGGACUAACUGCUUUCAUUCCGAAGUUCUUCGAGACGCAGUAUCGGAUGAUUGCGCAAAUAGCCGCUUUUGUUGCAGGCGGAGUGAGUGUGCCUGCGGCAGCCAUUGGAGCCAUCAUUUCCGGAUACCUGAUCAAACGCAUGCAGCUCAACUGUCUAGGCACCAUUAAGAUGACCUUCUACGCACAGGGAACCUGCAUCAUACUUUGUGCUCUAUUCUUCAUCAUCAGAUGUCCCUACGGACAUGUUUACAUGCUGGACGAGGUGGACCAGUUGAAGGAAGUGAGUGGACUGAAUGCAUCUGAAGGAGAGUGUGAACAAAGCGAGAUGCAGAUCCACUGCGUGAACAACCAGUUCAACAUAUUCUCCCCAUGCAUACUCGACUGUGUUCAGGAGGGCUCUUGCGGCCAGCAAAACAUCAGCAUCAACGUCGGUCUUUGUGAACCAGGAGAAUGUUACUGGAGAGUCCCUGCAUUUACCAUCUUCUUUAUCACUUUUCUCGUUGCGAGCAUGGUCGCCGUUCCUAGAAUUUUUGCGUUGCUCCGCCUAGUCCAGGAUGACUGGAAAACCAUCUCUCUCGGAAUCCAAUGGGUGUUCUUCCGACUCCUUGGAAUGAUUCCUGGACCCCUUGUUUAUGGUCAAAUCUUCGACAGCUCCUGUACCCAAUGGGGUAGCUUUUCGAUGACAUGUUCCUCGUCUCACUCAAGCGGUCAUUGCUCGUUUUACAAUUCGACCACUUUAAGAAACUAUAUGAUUUGCGUGACAGUUGGAAGUCUUGUGAUCGGAGAACUGUGUCUGUUUUUUGCUAUUCACUUUUACGAGAAAGAACAUCAAGGACCAGGAAAAAAGGGAUACAUUUCGCCUCCUGAUGACCAUAUUGUACAGACAGUUUUCAACUUUGACCAGAAGAUAGGCGCUGUUUCUGACACGGACGAAAAAUGUCAGCGCUCUGAGGAAGGAGCCGAACAUCCGAUUUCGAUCAAAAUGUUUGAGAAAUCGGGAUCUGAUUUCCAAACAUCUAUAGAUUUGGACAAGAAUCGUGAGGUGCGCCUAACGGAUGGCCAUCAAAAUGUAACAACGACUUGAAUCAUAAGAAACAACGGGAAAAAAGCCGACACAAAAAAAAUCAUUUUCGACAGUAUUAAUAUGAAAUAUAUUCGAAAACAAUGGUAUUUCACGUCGAAACUCAUCAAGCAUUUUAUAUAGCUAUCCCAAAUGCGGCUUUUGAUUUAAAAGUUUAGCAUUAGAGCUCUUCCAAAUUCUGUUGACAAAAUCCGUCGGCUGGUCUGACUCUACCCGAUUCACCCUUCGUUCAAUCUGUCUAUAAAUUGAUUCAACUCUUUAUGUUAUUUUUGGGAAAAUUCAGCGAUUAUGUAAUUUUGCUAAUCGCUUUGGCAAAAAAGAACAUUCAGCGAUUCAAAUCCAUAAUUAUGAAAACAUAAAAAGCACUAUUGCAAAACCUCUGAUUAAGUACAAUACAACUUUCUUUCGGGUGUUCAAACGUUGAGUUUUUCCCAUUUUGUUAGAUGUGUCAUUUUUGUUAUUCCUUGAGCAAUAAUGAAUCGCCAACACUAAAAAUAAAUAGAUGUUUUAGAUUUCGAAAUCAUGCAUAAUUUCUUCCUAAUCGAAAGCUUUUAGCAA